UGAAUAAAUGUUCCUCUGGUUUCUCCAGAAGCAGAACGGUCCGGCGGAUGCAGCAUCCUCCCAUCAGUCUGAGCUCAUCUGGGACUCCGCUGUAGACCUUCCUCCUCCUCCUCCUCCUCCUCCUGCUCGCACGCGGACGCGCCCUCCCCUUCAGCGGAGCGCAGGAGCGUGGAUGCUCUCACAGUGGAGUCCCGCGCUGCAUCACGGACGGGGAGCCCCGCGUUGGACCGCCCUUUUUCCCUCUUCCGAGAGCAGAACUUUGGAAUUCCGAGUCGGACCCGCAGCUCCCGAGUCGUCCGGGUCGGGAUGGCGUCUCUGGUGAACUCCGCGUGCCUCCUCUUCUUGCCUGUUGCUCUGCUUCUCAUGUUGAGCCCGUGUCCUGUGGCUGCAGCGUCACCCAGAAGGUGUCACUCCAUCUACAAGGGUUUCGCUCAGUGUCUCAUGGCUCUGGGCGACAGCCUGACGGACAGCGCUCACAAGGACGAGGACCCGCACGAGAUUCACUCCAUCUGCAGAUCGUGGGAUGAGUUUCAUGAUUGUGCCAACUUGGCGAUGGCUGGAUGUCCUGAGGAGGCGGCGGCCGUCUGGGAGUCUCUCCGUCAGGAAUCCAAGAAGAUGCAGUUCUCCGGAAACCUCUAUGACAUGUGCUCCAACCGCAAGAGCCACUCGGUGGCCUCCUCCAGCCCUCAUGGAUCCCAGAAGAAAGAGGAGGUCAAUCAGGAGUCCCUAAGAGGGCACGCCGACCAUCUGGCAGGCGACCCUCACGCUCUGGUGUCUCUGUCUCCUCUGCUGCUCUUGUUGUUGUGGAUAUAACCGCCCUGAGAGAAUGGGACUAGUGUAAAUACAAACAAACUUUGUGUAUUUUUCUCUUUCCACAGGUCUGUAGACUUUCCACCGCUUCCUCCUCUGCUCUUCUAGGGAUGAAUCUUUCUAACUGCAUGCUCUGAGGCCUGACAGUUUUUUUAAGAACAGAUUUCUUUUAAGAACUGCUGUGCCGUUUCCUGUAUAUUCUCCGCCUUUUAAUUAGUCUCUCAGUUGGAAAUUCAUACAAUGUAACAGAACUUCUGUAAAAAAAAAAAAAAAAAAAAGGCUUGAGGACACAUACAUAGUUUAACAGAUGCAUAAGAGAUCCUGUCAUCAUCCCCUAUCCUCCUAAAUCGCUCUCCAAUAAGCUUGCAUGUGAUGGAGUUCCUCUUUUUAACUGUAACAUGAAAGAUAGAAUCGAAAGCCACCGCGGGUUGUUCCAGUUAAAGACUUUACAUUCUGAAUUUUUUCACUUUGUCAAAUGAAAUGCUAUAGUGUGUGAUGUGGUUUUAUUUUUUACUGUAAAAUUGAAGAUUAUUGGCUAUGUUUUCUGUUUUUCUCAAUAAUGUUUUUGAAAACGGACAGAACAACUGAACUAAUCCUUCAAAUCUCCAUCAAAGCUCCUAUUUGCCAAAAGAAAAGUGUAAAUAUGACAAGGGAUACCACCAUUUAGUAAACCGACUGAACCAGACAAACUUUAACAAAUAGAAUGUAUAAACAAUAAAUAAUUUUAUUGUAUAUAAUGGGUUUGUAGGUUUUUGCUCCAUGAUGUCCUGUUAUUGUAAAAUCACCAUCAGAGGUUAUUUUGUUAUCUUGCUGCCAUCAAUACAUCAUUUUGUUUCUCUUG